UUGCCCUCACCUUCCCGGAAGUGAAGCUGAAAAAGUUGUCAACUCUUUCAUCAGCCACGCGGCUAAACUGUACUCUCUGGUUCCACGUACUCGCUGAGUUCCUCCACAUCCAGGGUGGUUCGGAAUGGACGGAGACCGUGUGACCGAGUACACGACGCGGCUGCAGAAGCAGGAGUGCGAGAUCCAAAGUCUCUCCGCUGAACUUGAGGUUCUGAAGAAUCCGCAGAGGUUGAAUCCAUCUUGUCGUCUGGAUGACCUGCGAGAGGAGAACAGCAGGCUGCAGUAUCGCCUCAACAUCCUCAAGAGGAGUCUGCAGGAGGACGCUCCCCACUGCGGGACCGCCAUGAUGAACAUCAACCAGCGGCUGCAGGACAUUUUCGGCCAGGCCAUCCGAGCCUCCUGCCCCGAGCUGGACAGCCCGCCGCUCUCCGUCACGCCCAACCAGCAGGCCAAGUUUGGAGACUACCAGUGCAACAGCGCCAUGGCCAUGGCACAGAUGUUGAAGGCAAAAGGCAUGAAAGUCAACCCGAGGGACAUCGCCGAGAAGAUCAUUCAGAACAUUCCGGAAAACGAACUCUUCCAGAAGACGGAAAUCGCAGGACCAGGCUUCAUCAACAUCCACCUGAAGCGAUCGUUUGUGUCCAGGCUCUUGAGCAACCUUCUGGUCAACGGCGUGCAGCCGCCUCCGCUCGCCUCCAGGAAGAGGGUGGUGGUGGACUUUUCGUCGCCCAACAUCGCCAAGGAGAUGCACGUGGGCCACCUGCGCUCCACCAUCAUCGGCGAGAGCAUGUCUCGACUGUUUGAGUUCUUGGGCUACGACGUGCUCAGGCUGAACCACGUCGGCGACUGGGGCACACAGUUCGGCAUGCUCAUCGCACACCUGCAGGAUAAAUUCCCGAACUACCUGACAGUGUCGCCCCCCAUCGGAGACCUGCAGGCCUUCUACAAAGAGUCCAAGAAGCGUUUCGACGAGGACGAGGACUUCAAGAAGCGAGCGUAUCAGUGCGUGGUCCGGUUGCAGAGUAAAGAACCCGACUUCAUCAAAGCUUGGAAGCUCAUCUGUGACGUCUCCAGGAAAGAGUUCCAGAAGGUUUACGACUGCCUGGACGUGAACAUCAUCGAGCGGGGGGAGUCCUUCUACCAGGACAUGAUGAUGCAGGUGGUGAAGGAGUUUGACGAGAAAGGCCUGACGGAGCUGGACGAGGGCCGCAAGAUCGUCUUCGCCCCGGGUCAGUCCAUCCCGCUCACCGUCGUCAAGUCGGACGGCGGCUACACGUACGACACGUCGGACCUGGCCGCCGUGCGCCAGCGCAUUUUUGACGAAAAGGCUGACCUCAUCAUCUAUGUGACGGACAGCGGGCAGGGUACACACUUCCAGCUGGUGUUCGCCGCCGCCAAGAUGAUCGGAUGGUACGACCCCCAGGUGACCAGGAUAGAGCACGCCGGAUUUGGAGUGGUGCUGGGAGAAGACAAGAAGAAGUUUAAGACUCGCUCUGGGGACACUGUGAGGUUGAUGGACCUGCUGGACGAGGGACUGAAGCGAUCCAUGGACAAACUUAAGGAGAAAGAGCGUGACAAGGUUUUGACGCCGGAGGAGCUGACGAAGGCCCAGCGCUCUGUGGCGUUCGGCUGCAUCAAAUACGCCGACCUGUCGCACAACCGCAUCAACGACUACGUCUUCUCCUUCGACAAGAUGCUGGACGACCGCGGCAACACGGCGGCGUAUCUCCUCUACGCCUUCACCCGCAUCCGCUCCAUCGCCCGUCUGGCCAACGUGGACAAGGCGUCCUUGAGGAAGGCGGCCGAGACCACCGAGGUCCUCCUGGAGCACGACAAGGAGUGGAAGCUGGGCAAGUGCAUCUUACGCUUCCCCGAGAUCCUGCAGAAGAUUCUGGACGACCUGCUGCUGCACACGCUGUGCGAUUACCUCUACGAGCUGGCGACCACCUUCACAGAGUUCUACGACAGCUGCUACUGCGUGGAGAAGGACCGACACACGGGUGAGGUGGUGAAAGUGAAUAUGUGGCGAAUGUUGCUCUGCGAAGCCACAGCAGCCGUCAUGGCCAAAGGCUUCGACAUCCUCGGCAUCAACCCCGUGCAGAGGAUGUGAUGGCGUCGGCUGUACUUUUCCAUUACCGCCACCCGAUAUGAUCAUGAACUCACCUUAUCAUCAUGUUCAUAUUAUUAUUUUUUUAAUUAAAAAGCUGAUAUGGAACACUC